AUGAUAAGUCAACCGUUGAUGCCAUCAAAUAAAGAUUAUCACAACGAAAAUCUCAAAAAACAAAUCGCUAAAUGUCAACCUCAUUCAGAAGUGAUUCUCACAAAGCAAGGAUUAACUGAUCGAGACAUGUCAAUUGUAGUUGACCAAGCGAUUUUUCAACGAAAAUGUACAGAACUGUGGUUAAAACAAAAUAGCAUAACAUCGCCAGGUGCUUUGAUUCUUGCUGAUGCAUUGCGACAUAGUAUAGAAUUGAAGGAACUAUAUCUUUAUGGCAAUCAAAUAUCAGACAUAGGUUCAUAUUCAUUGGCACAGGCACUUGCUAGUGAACAUUCUACAUUAACACGACUAAGUCUGGGCUCAAAUGGCAUCACAGAUGAAGGAGCACGUUAUUUCGCUGACAUGCUCAAAAUAAAUCGAAAAUUGAGACAUCUCUUAUUGUCCACCAAUAAAAUAGGCGAUCGAGGAUGUUUACACUUGGCUAAUGCAUUAAUUUACCCUAACACUACUCUUGAACGACUCGAUCUUGAUUCGAAUCGUGCUAUCACAGAUUCAAGUGUGAAAACUCUUGCUGCAAUAAUGAAAAUUAAUGAUAAUCUCAUGGGAUUAAAUGUGUCUGGUUGUACGCUUUCAACUUCGUCCAAAGCACAACUCCACAAGGUCGCCAAACAAAAAACAUAUUUCUCAUUAUGGGUAUGAUGUAUAAAAUACCUUAUUAUUGUUUGUACCAGAGUUGAAUAGACUCGGUUGCUUUCUGAAUAAAUCGAGAACGGAAACAGCUAACGAUCUGAGGUUUUCUUCAUUUGGCGAAGGAUCC